AUGGAUCAGCCAAAGCAUCCAUCGUCGCCUUCAAGCGGGACAGCCGGCUUCUUCCAAGAUGCGCCUGUCGUGAGAGGCGCUUGGGGGGAAGACGAAGCCUUGAAUCGAGUAUCUCGAUGUGAGAUUGACACUCGAUCACUUGCGUGUGUCAAUCGAAUGCUGAGAAUAAUCAGUCUACCUUUCGCCAGACGUCCGGGAAGAGUUAGCCCCGGAUCUGCAGCGUUUCAGCGACUUGGUAGCCACAGAAAAGGUCCGGGAAUGGUGUGCAGACGCCGAGCGAAACGUUCCCUAUGUGCGUACACACGAUGCGUGGGGACGAAGAGUGGACAGGCUCGUCACGAGUGAAGGCUGGCGCAAUUUGCAAAACAUGGGCCUCGCAGAGGGGAUUGUGGCCAUCGGCCAUGAACAAACUCAUGCCCGAUACAGCCGAGUAUAUCAGUUUUUGAAGUACCAUAUCUGGACGCCCUGGUGUGCUCUUGUGACGUGCCCUUCGGCCAUGCAGGAUGGUGCGGCGAAGAUGCUAAGGACUCAGCUGGGCAAGGCCGACCUGGGUAAAGAUGAAAGACGAGUCUUUCAAGCGGCAUACGACCAUUUGGUAGCGCGAGACCCUACGAAAGCGUGGACCAGUGGACAGUGGAUGACAGAGCGGCCAGGUGGGAGCGAUGUGCAAGACACUGAAACGCAGGCCAUUUAUGCAGCCACUGAGGGAGCUUCGGCUUCAAUGGUAGACAUUGACGGCAAUCCACUUGGCCACUACUCUAUUUCCGGCUUCAAGUGGUUCUCAUCAGCGACAGACGCCAAUUCGACCGUGAUGCUAGCCCGGGAGCCGAAUGGCGCCAUUUCAGCCUUCUUCGCGCCUACGAAGAGAUACAUCUCGAAUGGCGCAGAUGGCGAGUUGAAUGGAAUUAGCAUCCAGAGACUCAAAAGCAAACUUGGCACGCGCGCGCUCCCAACAGCAGAGCUUGUUCUGCAGGACAUGCGGGCCUGGAGGGUGGGAAAGUCGGGCCAAGGCGUGAAGGAGAUCAGUACAGUCCUUAAUGUCACGCGCGUCCACAAUGCUGUCUCGGCAGUCGGCUUUUGGGGUCGCGGUCUUGCGAUCUCGAGGGCUUUCUCGCGGGUACGCAAGGCUCGCGGGCGCCUGUUGAUGGACCUGCCGGCGCAUGUUCGAACUCUGGCAGAGCAAUACGUCGAAUAUCACGCGAUGAUGCACCUCGCAAUGUAUACUGCGGCGCUUCUCGGCCAGUCAGAGAAUCGGCCCGGCAAGUCCAGCCAGGUCUCGCCCUGCGAAAGAGCUGGUCUCAUCGGUCCCGACUUGCUACGGCUACUCACGCCGCUAGCUAAGAUGCUCACAGCAAAGGCCGGAAUAGCCGGGCUGGCAGAGUGCAUGGAGAGUCUUGGUGGCGUCGGCUACAUCGAGAACGAAGACAUUGCAGUGAAUGUCGCAAGACUGUACCGAGACUGCAACGUGUUGAGUAUCUGGGAGGGCACAAGCAACAUCAUGGCAGAUGACAUCGUCCGAAUCUUGAAGGGGCCGGCAGGCGCUGAUACGCUCCAGGCAGUGGAAUCCAUCGUACUUGCGACUGCGAAGGGGUUGAACGCUCGCAGUAGAUCAGAUUGGGCCGUCCAAGUCUCCGAGUUUUGGCGGCAGCUUCGUCAAGACAUCCAGCAGAGGUCCAGAGAGGAUCUGGUGAUGAACGGACGAGAUCUGGGCAGCCGUCUCGGCUGGCUCGUAUGCGCAGUAUUGCUGAUCGAAGACGCAAAUUCCGACGAUGAUGUGAUCUCUCACGAAAUUGUGAACAGAUGGAUUUCCCGCAGGAGAGUGAGUGCCGCCAUGCCUCGAGGAGAUUGGAUCGAGGACGCUCGUUGGGAUCGUCUGAUUGUGUUCGGACACGACACCACGUCCAAGGAGCCCGGCAGCAAGCUCUGA